UUGCCACAAACUCUCCAAACAUACCGUACCCUCUAGCCAGAGUGAGCCGGAGUGGGUACUAAACCAAACCAAACCCAACACACGAGAAGAAGAGGAGGAGGUCACCAACCCAACCCACUCUCCUUUCCUCCUAUCCAUUACCCCCACAUUUCUCCCCACCGAGACCACCACAAUUUGCCAUAUGCACCCACACAUCUCAAUCGAUAUUAGCCCCAAUACAUCCAUUUGCUGUAGCAACCAACCCAAUACAGCUGCAGCCUGCAGCAGCAGCAGUAGUGGCGUAGUGUAGGAGUAUAGUAGUAGUGGGAGUGGUAGUACCAGUAUUCUUUCGGCUGUGGCUAGCUGCUCGUGUUUGCUAUACCAAACCCUGCCAAUCAGUUCGUUCUUGCACCUACUGCACUAGCUUUCUCCUCCGAUUAAGGCUGGCUCGCCGCGAGUCAGCCAGGCAGGCAGGCAGAUCAGUUCGUCAACCACGAGCUAGGUUGAUUGGUAGCUAGCAGCUAGCUCCAGCCGGCGAGGAGGAGGAGCAGACAUUGAUUCGAUUCCAAGAUCGUAUCAGCUUAGCUAGCAGUGGCUAGCUAGCUAGUCAUGAGUAGUAGCGGCAAGGAGCAGCGGCGGAUGGACCGGUUCAUCGUGAUCCCCUUCUCCUCCACCUGCCGCAAUGGCUCCAGCGUCGACGUCGUCGACGGCGGCAAGAGCGGCAAGAAGCCCCAAGUGAUGCUGUGUGCGUGUCUAGGCGGCGGCGGCGGCGGCGGCGAGGGCGGCGGCGGCGCGGCGGAGAACAAGCCCAAGGGGGAGUCGCUGGUGGCGAGGCUUCUCCGGGGGUUCAAGAACCUGUCCCAGAUCUUCGCCGUGUACGAGGACGACGGCGAGGAGGAGGAGGAGGAGGAGCGGGAGAUGGUGAUCGGCCUCCCCACCGACGUAAAGCACGUGGCGCACAUCGGCUGGGACGGCAGCACCAACACCACCACCAGCCUCCGCUCCUGGAACCGCGCCGCGCCGCCGUCCUCCUCCGCCUCCGCCGCGUCCACCUCGUCGGCCUUGCCGGCGCCGGCGCCGCCGCCGCCGCCGUCCCAGCAGCAGCCGCCGCUGCCGGCGUUCUCCAUGCGGCAGUUCGAGCUCGCCAUGGCGGCGCAGGCCGCCGCCACGGGGACCACCACGGCGAGCUAGCCUGGCUCACGGGGCGUUGUCUCUUCCACCGUCCCCGAGUCUCCCCAUGUGUAUGUAACUGCGCGUGGGGACGUGGGCGAUUUUUUCUUUCUUUCCUCCGAUUGUUUUCCCGUUUGUUUCCUUGUGCCGUUGUACGUAGCCAACAUUUUCCCGGGGAUCCUUUUUGUUCCUUUUCUCCCGUUGCUUUUUGCCAAUUCGCGAUUGCUUU